UUACAUUCGCAUGUCCUGCUACGAGCGGGCAGCCGAGUGCACGGUAAAACAGGACGAUAUCGACUUCUCGAUUGCAUCCCCUGUCGUCUGCUCGGCUUGACUAGCUCCUGGCUUGAAGCUUGGAAGGGAUUUGACGGAAGGAGUUUACUGCAGUUUUUAGGUGCAACUCAGUUCUGCUUCACCUUAGGCAAGUUUCGUCACUUCAACCAAUCAGAGCAAGCCGAAGUGCGAGCCAGCCUAUGACGUCAUAGCCAUCAACCAAUCAGGACCUUUCAUACCGAAGCCGUAGGAGACAACGGAGAAGUUUCAUUGUGCGGACCCCAGCGUGCACUCGACCGUGCAACUUUGUUUGUGCUAAAUGAGUAGGCAGGAACCAGGCCGAUGAAGUUCAUUUCAAUCGAGGUUUAACCGCACCGCGUUCAACACCCUUAAUUUGGAUCACUCCUUACAAUACAUGACAUCAAGUUUGGUCGACAUUCAAAACCAUUAGUUUUAACCAACACGAAAGAAAUUCAGCACAUUUUGGAUUAUAAAAGUGCUCCUGGUUUUGUUUUCGCUGCUUCCACGCACUGACUUAUGACGGCAGACUUGGCACGUUGGAGCCUUGAGACGCAGCCGAUUAUCUCCAUGUGUGGGUACCAACAAAACCGACGCACACCCGAAGACCGAGUGGUGCCCGAGAACUUGAAGUCUACCGGCGAUAAAAUGGCGGACGCUCGCAUCGUCGUCCUCGGCGAAAAGAAAGUCGGAAAAUCGGCUGUGACCGUAAGAUUUCUCACAAGGCGAUAUAUCGGCGAGUACGAAAGCAAUAUCGAUCUUUUGUACAAGCAAACUGUCCUUCAGCAUGACAUGCAGAUGAACAUGGAAGUCCUAGACACAUGCACCAGGACUGACCUGAUGAAAAACCGAGAUGAUCACAUCCGCUGGGGCAACGGAUUCGUUCUGGCAUACAGCGUCUGUAAUCGCGAAACAUUCCGUCCCAUCGAAGGUCAAAUCCGCUACCUACAACGCUGCAAAUCACCCUGCUCCAUCCCGAUCGCCAUCGUCGCCAACAUGGUUGACCUCGAACACAGACGGGAGGUCAAUCCCGAGGAAGGUCGUGACCUCGCCGACGAGUACGGAUGCCAUUUUUUCGAGGUGUCGGCCGCUGAGGGCAGCAUGGACAUUCGCGAGGCAUUCCUGACGAUACUACGCGAGCUGCACGAAUCGAAGAAGUCCAAUUUACAAAUGAAGCGCAGACGCAGUAGCGUCACGCGGAAUGUGGCCAAUAAGGUGAUGCAAGCUGUGUUUGGAUCGCCGAGAAGGUCACGGAAGAUUUCGCUACCUUGACACACCAAGUGGUUAUCAUGAGGUGAUCAUCGGGGGAUCAUGUGAUAAUUUUCAAUGUCUUAUGUUGCAACCAUGUGUUUUUCAUGACUGCAUUUUGCAUAAUCUUUGAAAGGUCAUUUGAACCACGUGCGGACAGCAUGGCGACCACGAGCUGACGUCGUGAUUAUGCAUUGACCCCACAGGGUAUACAAUCGCCCUUGUUAUAACAUAUCAUGUGGAUAUUUUGGCGUCAUGUGUCUAUUCCUUUGAAUGAUCGAUGUUAAACUUUGAAUGUUUUCAUGUUUGAUUUUUGUUCAUGCGGUCAGAAUCCAUGGCCGAAAGUUGUCAAAAAAUGGUCAAAAAACUCGAACGGUGGACUUUGACGAGAAACUUAAGUCAAAACAA